GAGCCAAAAAUAACACUUUUUAUGUACUUCUUUGAAAAUAAAUUUGGUUUACUCUUGCACUUUUCAGGACUGUUGCUUCUCACAAGAGUUUUCAAUAUUCCAUUUGUGAUACACGUGAAUAAGUCUAUGCUGAAAACUUAAACAUGGCUUCAAUCGAAGUACAUGUUUUAGCUUCAAGCAAAAUUUUGAAUUCCUUGCUUGAUUUUACAUUGUAGUAGUAGUAGUAGUAGUAGUAGUAGUUGUCGUCAUCGCCAUGACUCCCGCAGUUGUUACCAGCUUGAUUUAUAUCAAGGCGAGGAAAGCCAUUGAAAUUUUUUCUCCAACAAUAAGGAAACUUUGGAAGGACUGGGAGCUACGUAUUCUGGUUCUACUCAGCCUCUCCUUGCAGAUUAUACUAAUCUUUUUUGGAAAGCGCAGGAAAUAUAUGAGCAAGGUUUGGAUUCGAUUUCUUUUAUGGUCUGCUUAUUUGAUGGCCGAUUGGGUAGCAACCGUUGCCCUCGGUGUUCUCUUAAACAACAUGGGAGAUGUCUACGAGGAGGGCCGUAAAGCUGCCAAUCUUGAUGCUGACACUCAGCUUACUGCGUUUUGGGCACCAUUUCUUCUAUUGCACUUGGGCGGCCCCGAUGCAAUUACUGCAUAUGCUCUAGAGGACAAUGAAUUGUGGUUAAGACACUUUCUUGGGCUCGGAGUUCAAACCGGAGUUGCUGUCUGCAUUUUCCUUUUGGCUUGGACAGCUUCCCGCUUCUCCAUUCUCACUAUGCCAAUGCUUUUGGCUGGAAUUAUUAAAUAUGGAGAGAGAACAUGGGCCCUCAGAUCAGCAAGCAAUGAGGAAUUGAGGGAUUCCAUGCUCACUGCUCCUGAUCCUGGCCCGAAUUAUUCCAAGUUCAUGGAGGAAUUCACUUUGAAGCAGUACGAAGGAUUUUAUGCAAUGGCAGAAGAAGUGCUGGAGUCACAAGCCCAAGUGGAUGUUUCUGCCAGGGAAGAUGACCACACUAUAAAAGAUGCACCUGAAUUGCGUAAAGCUCAUUUCUUAUUUAAAACUUUCAAGCGUCUAUUUGUUGAUCUCAUCCUCAGCUUUCAAGAUCGAGACAAUAGCCAAUCUUUGUUCAAAGAUAUAACCUCUGAAAAUGCUUUCAGGGUGAUUGCGAUUGAACUUGGGUUCAUGUACGAUAUGCUCUAUACCAAGGGAAAAGUAAUUUACUCGCGCAAUGGCUGUUAUCUCCGCUUCAUCAGUCUCACUAGCACAUGCAUUGUAUUAGUCUUCUUUUCUUUAUACAAAACGCAUGGCUGUGCAAAGAUUGAUAUAGCCAUAACCUUUUUAUUGCUGAUUAUAGCCAUAAUUCUGGAGCUCUAUGCAUUGCUCUUAGUGCUCUCCUCGGAUUGGACAGAUCUUUAUCUGUCAAAGCAUGAAGGAGUUCUCCGCCAGGUUAUUACUCGUUUACGACUGCCUAAACGUCCAAGAUGGUCAAAAUCCUUGGCGCAGUAUAGCUUAUUGAGCUAUAGCCUCAAAAGUAAGCCAGUGGUCAACAGCAAAAUCCAGAAGCUAUUUAGUAUAGAUAACAUAUUAGAACACCUGCACAUGACUACUGAGAGAGUUGGAGAUGAUCUAGAGACGUUCAUUUUCAACCAUCUCAAAAAGAAGUUUCAAGAUCUCAAGGCUCAAUCAGAUGACGGCUAUGCGAAGAAGCUUAAAGAUCUCUGCAUGUGCAGGGGGGCUCGCGCCCUUAAAGGAUUUACUUUUGACGAAGAAUUACGUUGGAGUGUGGAAGUAGAAUUCGACCAGGGCAUUCUUAUCUGGCACAUUGCUACAGAUCUCUGCUACCACUCUGAUCAUGAAGCGCAAAAUGAUACAAACAGAAAAAUAAGCAACUCAUUGUCAAAAUACAUGCUGUAUCUCUUGGUUAUGCGUUCUACCAUGUUGCCGAUGGGAAUUGGAAAGAUCAGAUAUCAAGACACCUGUGCUGAGGCCACGAGAUUUUUCGAGAAACAUGAGUCCAUAUUAGGUACUAUCCGGAGAUCACAAAAUCUUUGCAAUUGGGUAUUCAAUCUAUUCAGAAAGGGGAACCCUGAGCUAAAAGAGAAUCAAGAAGCCUGUGAGGUGUUGCUUAAAGUGAACACUGUAGUUCCACCAGCUAAAGUAAAAGGGGAUAGAAGCAAGUCUGUGUUAUUCGACGCUUGCAGGCUAGCAUCACAAUUACAAAAUAUUCCAAACAAGUGGGAAGUGAUGGGUAAUGUUUGGGUGGAAAUGCUAGCUUAUGCUGCUAGCCAUUGCAGAGGAACUUAUCAUGCUCAACAGUUGGGACGGGGUGGAGAGCUACUGACGCAUGUUUGGCUCCUGAUGGCUCAUUUUGGUUUAACAGAGCAGUUCCAGAUAUCCCAUGGUCAUGCAAGAGCCAAGCUUACUGUUCGAUAAUAAGCUAACACGGGCAAUGCUAUACUACUAGUACGUCAGAAUAAUAAUUGCUUGAACUUUGUUCCUUCGUAUUCCUUGUGUUUUCCCACCAAUAAUUUGAGUUUUGAUUUGCCACUUAAGUGGUCAGAAUUUGAUUAAUGAUGUAUUUUAUAGUUACUUUUCAUGGUUUGCUUAUGGAAAUGCAUUCAUUUUCCCUUCUUUUUUCUUUUGGCGUUGGCCAAUUCUACCUUUUUGAACUAAUUCGAUAUGAAUUCAAGGGUCAGAU